CAAAUAAAUAUCAAAUAUAUCGUUGCUGAAACUAUUCAACUCAGACAAUUCAAACUUUCACAACAAAAUUUUUGGUGCCCGAGGUGAGGUAAGAAAUGUCGACCUCUCUCAACAAAUCAGCACAACCAACAAUCGACAGAGUAAUCGAACUUCUGGAAGAAAUCAAGAAACUUGACUUAUCACCACCAGAUCGAAACCAGCCGCUAGAAGAUCAGAAACAGCAAUACGAAAUAAAAAAAAGGAUCGUCAAAGAUAAAGCUAAGCGAUUCGAAAUAUAUGUUGGUAUGUUGGAAACAAUCAACCAAAAAUGGUUGGACCUCAUACAACAAGCUACGAAAAUAACAAAGAAAGAGGAAGAGGAAAAGUACGAGAAAAUGGUCAACGAUAAACAAGGUAUUUUACACAUAAUUAAUAGUAGCAAGGAAGCUAUUAUUACCUUAAAUUUAUAUUAUGAUGAUUUUGAAUUAGCCCUUCAACGAGAAAAGUUGACGGUUACUAAAGGAAAAGAAGUGGAGAAACCCUCAUCCAUCUAUCAUUCAACAAUAAAUUUACCACAGUUACCACUACCAACUUUUA